AUGCCCAAGAAGUUCCAGGGCGAGAACACCAAGUCGGCAGCGGCCCGGGCACGGAGGGCUGAGGCCAAGGCGGCAGCUGAUGCCAAGAAGCAGAAGGAGCUGGAAGAUGCGUACUGGAAGGAUGAGGACAAACACGUCAUGAGGAAGGAGCAGCGCAAGGAGGAGAAGGAGAAGCGGCGCCUGGAGCAGCUGGAGCGCAAGAAGGAGACGCAGCGGCUGCUGGAGGAGGAAGACUCAAAGCUCAAAGGGGGCAAGGCCCCCCGGGUGGCCGCCUCCAGCAAGGUCACCCGCGCGCAGAUUGAGGAGACUCUCCGCCGAGACCAUCAGCACAAGGAAACCCCUGACCCAGCCGAGAAAGCCAGAAGCCACUUGGAAGUGCCGUUGGAGGAGAACGUGAACCGCCGCGUGCUGGAGGAGGGCACCGUGGAGGCGCGCACCAUCGAGGACGCCAUCGCUGUGCUCAGCGUGACGGAGGAGGCGGUGGACAGACACCCGGAGCGCCGCAUGCGGGCGGCCUUCACUGCCUUUGAGGAGGCGCAGCUGCCGCGGCUUAAGCAAGAAAAUCCCAAUAUGCGGCUGUCGCAGCUGAAGCAGAUGCUCAAAAAGGAAUGGCUGCGUUCACCGGAUAACCCCAUGAACCAGCGGGCGGUGCCCUUCAACACCCCCAAGUGA